AUGGAAGCAGUAUUCCUCCUCAAUUCCGAUCCGAUCAUGAGUCCGAUACCAAACUCGCCCGCAUCACGCUUGCGGAAACGCACAUCGGCCCAGCCAAAGCCUCCGUUCACAACCCGCAAUGGACGGAAAUACCACAACGACGACUCGAUACCGUAUCCGCUCGCCUGCGACGUCAAGGAGAUGAGCCGGCAGGCGCUGUGGCACGAGCUCAGCCGCGAGCUCUACGGCGGGUAUUGCUGCACCGACUUCAAGCGCGAGAAGAUCCCCGAGAAGGUGCUCGAUCUGGGAUGCGGCAGUGGCAUCUGGAGCGCUAGCAUGGCCGAUUACUUUGCGGCGUUGGGACGGCCCGACAUCGAGUUCACCGGGCUCGACCUCGAGCCCACAUACAUGGAGAUGAAGGGCGUCAACUUUAGGUUCGUCAAGCACAACAUCCUCAUGGCCCCGCUGCCGUUCGAGGAUAAUUCGUUCGACUUCAUCUUUGCGAGGGAUAUGAUGCUGUCGAUACCGGCGAAGAAUAUGUACUCCGGCAUCAUCGGCGAGAUGAUGCGUCUGCUGAGACCGGGAGGGUGCUUUGAGCUCCAGUGCAACGACUACGUCAUCCGCACGAUCCAGCGUACAAGCAUCCCCUACUCGCCGACAUCGAGUGCCUACGACGUGAGCGGCAUGGUUCAACUCAACCCCAACAGCGAAAACGCGUUCAUCCAACAAUGGAACGAGCGGGUGCAGAAAGCGCUCAUGGGCCGCGACCUCCCGCCGGUACCAUGCACCCUCGCCGGCCCAAGCAUAGUCAUGGAAGACAACGUGACCGCCAUACAAACCAAACGCCUCGCUCUCCCGCUGGACACGAUCUGGUGGGAAUCACCAAACGUGGAUUCUGCAUCUGACACCUCCAGCUCCACCUGCUCGAAGCGACGGAGUACCGGCGGCAGCAGCGUCGAAUCCCUCGCGGGCUCGUCGAAACAGGUCUUUCGGAAACGGAGAGGCAGCGGCGCACAAUCGCACCACUACAGCAAUCGGAGAUCCUCCACCUCCAUCGACAGCUGCUACCCGUCCCCGCUGGCGGACGAGGAGCGCGCCGUACGACAGCUCGCAAAGCUCGCGUUCGUCCAGCUCAUCGAGGCUAUGGAGCCUAUGCUGCGGGACGCGAACGAGAUUGACCUCGACGAGUGGGAUGGCUGGUACCGUGAGCUGAUGUGGAACUGGUUCGAUGGCCAUGGGCUGCGCGGCGCCAUUCAUGAGGAGAAGCUGGAGGAGAAGCAGGAGGAGCAGGUGGAGGAGCAGGAGGGGGAUACCUACUCGUUCAAACAUCACAUCUCGUCCGAGAUCUCAGAAUCGAGAUAUGCCGUAUGCAGGCGGGCGGGCGCCGGGCGGCACGCAAGAGCAAGAGGAUGCACCACCACUUCCCACGGUUACGAUAGCGAUACAAAGAUGCCGACGAACACUCCGACCGACACUCCGAACCCCCCGAACCUGCCGGACUUUGAUACGAGCUUUGCGAACGAUGCUGACAUCGCCUCCUUCGCGCGUGCAAUCUCCGCGCCGGACCCAGACAGCGACGACCACUUCAUCAGCGCCUUGAACGACUGGCGGCCCGUACGGGAGCGUAUACGGCCCAAGCCCGCCCCUUCCUCCGCCUCCUCCAUACCACGGCGGGGUCGGGGGCGAAGACGGAAACCGGGCAAAGACGAGACGCGCGAGGGCUUCGUGUACGCGCUGCUGAAGUGGCCGCUGCUGGUGGUGGUGGCCGCGUGGAUGGCGGUUCUCGCCGCACUCUAUGUUAUGACCCGCUUCUAUGUCAGCCAGUAUGAGUACUGGAUUACGUGGCGCGGCGAGAGGAAUCGGCUGCGCGCGCGGCUGAGGGCCGCGAGGGGGUACGGGGAGUGGUGUCAGGCUGCGGAGAGGCUCGACGAAUACUUGGGGGUUGAUGCCUGGAAGGAGGAGGACGCGUUUGCGUAUUAUGACUUUCAGACGGUGAGGAGGAUCGUGAGGGAGCUGAGGAGGCUGCGGGAGGGCGCGGAGGCGAAGGCGGAGGAGCGGGAGGGUGAGGGGGAGCAAGAAAGGAUCGUCCAUGAGCUUAGGGAGCUCGUCGAGAUGUGCGUUAAGAAUAAUUUUGCGGGCAUAGAGAGCGCGCGCAUGUACAGCCAGAGCUAUUAUGGCACGAAGCAACUGGUGCAGAAUUUCGUCGAUGAAGUCGAGAAGGCGCUCAGGUUUCUGUGCGAGACCCCGUCGCUGUCCAUCGAUGAGAAGAGAGUGCUGUUUAAACACCUCUCGAGUAACUACGGCAAGACGGCUUUGUGUCUAUCUGGCGGUGCAAGUUUCUCAUACUACCACUUCGGCGUGGUCAAAGCCCACCUCGAUGCCAACCUCCUCCCGAAUAUCAUUACCGGCACCUCCGGCGGUGCGCUCGUCGCGGCCCUGAUCUGCACCCGUACCGACGCCGAGCUCCGCCAACUCCUCGUCCCCGAACUCGCCGACAAAAUCACUGCCUGUCACGACGACACCCUGACCUGGAUCCGCCGCUGGUGGAAGACGGGCGCACGCUUCGACAGCAUCGACUGGGCAUGUCGCUGUUGCUGGUUCACGCGGGGCUCCAUGACCUUCAAGGAAGCGUACCAACGCACCGGCCGGAUCCUCAACAUAUCCUGCAUCCCGUCGGACCCGCACUCGCCCUCGCUCCUGCUGAACCACCUCACCGCGCCAGACUGCUGCAUAUUCUCGGCCGUCCUCGCCUCCGCCGCCGUCCCGGGCAUCCUCAACCCGGUCGUGCUGAUGACCAAAACCCGCUCCGGAACCAUUGCUCCCUAUAGCUUCGGCAACAAGUGGAAGGACGGGAGUCUGCGCACCGACAUCCCGAUCCGCUCGCUCAACCUGCACUUCAACGUAAACUUCACGAUCGUCUCGCAGGUGAAUCCGCACGUCAACAUCUUCUUCUUCUCGUCACGGGGGGCGGUCGGCCGGCCGGUUACGCACCGGCGCGGCAAGGGCUGGCGCGGCGGCUUCCUCGGGUCCGCACUCGAGCAGUACCUCAAGCUCGACAUGGCCAAGUGGCUCAAGGUUCUGCGGCACCUCGAGCUCCUCCCGCGCCCCAUGAGCCAGGACUGGAGCUCCGUGUUCCUGCAGAAAUUCGACGGCACAAUCACUAUCUGGCCGAAAACGGCGCUCAGCGACUUUUGGUACAUCCUCGCGGAUCCUACUAGGGAGCGGCUCGCGAGAAUGCUAGAGAGUGGGCAAAGGUGCACGUACUCCAAGCUGAAGUUUGUUGAGAAUCGGCUCAAGAUCGAGAGGAUGGUCGAGCACGGCCGCGACCUGACCCGCUUCCGUGGCGGCGGCGGCCUCGAGAUCGAGAUCGAGGAGGCACCUAGUAGCAACGAUCUCCGCCGGCUCGCAAGGGAGCAGAAACAUCUGCUGCGCUCGUGGGGCAGCGAGGAGCUAGAGCUCGACUGGAGCAGUGCCAGUGUUAGUGAUUCCGGCGAUGAGGGGAGGGCUGGGCCGGAGACUGCUGAGGCGGUGGGGGUGGAGAAGUUUGAGGCCCGCGGGGAGACGGUGUUGGGUGCAUAA